AUGAUCGUGGGAACGGCCAAAGGAUUAGAAGCGGUUGGAUUGGCCAAAGACCACAUUAAAUUUGAAUUGUUUGGCGCAUCCACUUCCGAUUAUUUUAAUGACAAUGCCGACCAAGUGGUAUCGGCCCAUGAGGCGUUUAGUGGUACGGCCAAAAUCAUUGCCCAUUACGAUGGUCAAACCAUGGAGGCCAACUGUGGCGAAAACCAAGACAUCAUUCGCGCGCUGUUGGACAAAAAUUACGAUCCGCCAUAUUCUUGUCAAGGGGGCGUUUGCAGUACCUGUAUGGCCCAAGUGAUAAAAGGCGAGGUUAAAAUGCUUAAAAACUUGGUGCUUACCAAGGAAGAAAUUGCCAAAGGAUUCAUAUUGGCUUGUCAAUGCUUGCCGUUGUCCAACGAAAUUGAAAUCGAAUUCCAAUAG